CGAGAAGCCCGACGCGGAAGUACAGUAGACUUUUCGCUAUUUAUUCCUCCGCGGGGGUCAAUAGCCGUCGACGGUGGCCAUGCGCAUGCUGGCGAUGAACUCGCUGAUGCACGACGCCGACCGCCGCCGAGCGGACCGUACGACUCGUGUAGUACGCAGUCCCAUGGCCAGCAGCGACACAGACAAGGAGGACGACGACGUGGACGAAGACGUAGACGAACUGGACCCCGUGGACGGAUUUCCCAGCCCACCUGCGCGUGUGCGGCCCCGUCGGCGUUUCGUUAAGCCUGGUCAGACCACGUACGAGCUGUCGUUCUCCCGUCGUCGCGCGCGUAGAGCUGCAGCCCCCAAGGACGAGGAGAACGAGGCCCAAGACCGAGACGAGUACCGACCGGCACUACCCGGCGCCUCCCGCCCCGCGCCUGCCGUUUCGUCCCUCUCCAGUGUGAUAACUGAGGUAAUGACUGGCAAGACGCAGGCGCUGAACAACAUCGUGGACACGACCCCACCUCAGCCUAAUGUAACUUAUGUGGUGGAACACGCAGCGGAUGGAACACCGUACGUGGCUGCCUCGGACGGUAACAAAUACUUCGAGAACUCGACAAUUGGCCAGAUCUUCCUCAAACAAACGCCUAAAAACGUCGGACCGAAAGGACGACGAUCAGAUUUGGACUUUUUACAGUCUGGGGGAUGGAACCAUCAGCAACAGUCGAGGAGAUCGGACUUCGUGGGGGCAGAUGCAGCCACAUCGGCACGAGCAGCAGCGUGUGAACAGGCUGCUGAAGUUGACGCUAAGAAAGGCUCGAUAUCGCUGCUGGAGUUUAAGGGUUUCCACAUGGGCAAGAAGAAAAAAGGAUCAGCCAGCGACUUGAAGGCCGUGCAGGAACAGGAUACAACUGUGCUAGCCACACACGACUCAACGGUUCACCAGAAUAUCGACAAUGAAUUUCCCAUGUUGGACCCGGACACAGUGGACAGGAACCGCGCCGACUCGAGUUGGGAAGUGCCCGCACCCAAGAACAACAUGCUGCAAGUGCAGGAAGCCCAGCAGCCCACAGCUGUCCGACUACUCGACUCGAAUGGGAUGCAAUGCGCUCAACAGGCGAGAACAGACUUGCUGGCGACGGAAACGACCAGUGACAGCGUCUCGAGUGGCAGCAGCUUGGUGAGUGGCGCUAGUUCGGCCAGUUCCAGUGGUGCUGCGAGUGCUCCGAUUAAGACGCUUCCCCGACUUCAACCCAAGAAGGACUUACAGGCCCCACCGCUGGCGUUUGAUGAGUAUGACGAGGACGACAACCCGCUGUGUCGCUCAUUCCAGAACGUGCGCGAUGUGGAUAAAGUUCACUCGAAAUCGGACGAUGAAGGAGAAAGCGACGAGGACUAUGAACACGAACACGACGAGGCGCAUGGUGACGCUGCUGCAGCUGAUGAAGACUUCCCGGACGUGAAUGCUCCCGACUUCGCUGGACGUGUUCGAGUGUCUUCAGGUGCAGCGAGCGUGGCAGAGUUUGUGGGAGGGUUCAAGGGCCAGCUUUCAAGGCGCUCAGGGGCCAGUGGAUUGGUAAAUCGUAAGCGUGCUGCAAGACAUGCUCGUCUGACGGUAGAGGAGCAGAAGGCGGCAGACCUUGCACAGAAAAUCCGCGAGGCUCGCAACCGAAUUCCGCUCGAGUUCAGGGACGAGUACAUGUCACUGGCAGCCCAAAAUGAGCUUCAGAAAAAGAAGAAAUGGCGAGCUCUCGGUCGACACAUUCGCUUUAACACAGACGUGCUCGUCCGGGAGUUUGAGGUCGAGUCGGAGGAUGAAGACGACGGCUACAACAGCCCAGAUGAGAUCGUGGAUGCUGUGCAGUUAGUGAGUAAGCGCGAUGUUGUGCACGCUGAAGAUGUUGUUGCUGCAUUCCCGAUGGAGCCGUUGGAGCUCCCAGCAGAGGAGCUUCAGACCAUUGCACACGGUUUCCCGUCACCACCAUCAAUAGACGACGCUGGAGCGGCGAACGAAAACGCACAGGAUGACCCACUGACGUUCUCGCAGCUCAACAACGACAAGCGUAUGUCAUUCUCGGAUCUCUAG